CUAGAUACGUCAUUGCGUUCCGCUCAGAGGCUAUGGCGCUUCCUGACUGGAUGGUAACGCUGGUAGCCACUUCAUUCUUCAUCUGUUUUUGUUUGUGCCUUCGUUACAGACGUACAGGACAGGUGUUUUGGAGAAAAUUGUUCGGCAAGAUAAUGGCCCGAACUGAGAAGCCCUUGUUCCGAAUUGCGUACACACUCUACACUAAGACCAGACUUGGCUACCUGUACUACAAGAGGCAAAUGCGGAAAGCUCGUGAAAAUUACCCUGGAGGGCAUUCAGCUGCUGAUCCCGUGGAGUUCAAUGGUAUUAAAAUAAUUCCUAUCUCUGUGCUCUCUGACAACUACAGCUACCUUGUCAUUGACAGAGCCUCCAGCGUUGCAGUUGUUGUAGACCCUGCAGACCCUCAGAUAGUUCAGGCAGUCCUCGAGGAAGAGGGAGUAAUGUUGGAAGCAAUACUGUGUACACACAAGCACUGGGACCACAGUGGGGGAAACAAAGGAUUGAAAAGGCUGCACAGCUCAUGCCGAGUUUAUGGAAAUGCAGCUGAUAGCAUUCCUGGCCUCACGCACCCUCUCUCGCACAAUGACUCAGUGACAGUUGGCCGUAUGCACUUUAAGGCCCUCUUUACCCCUGGACACACAGUAGGCCACAUGAUUUAUCUCUUGGAUGGCCAAACGGUCAGUGCCCCUUCCAGCCUCUUCUCUGGUGACCUGGUGUUUCUGUCAGGAUGUGGGAGGAUGUUUGAAGGCAGUGCAACAACAAUGCUGUCAUCUCUGGACACAGUUGGCUCCUUGAGCGAUGAUACUCUAUUAUGGCCUGGUCAUGAGUAUGCAGAGGACAACCUGCUGUUUGCUGCUGAGGUUGAGCCACGCAAUGCAGCCAGGGAAAACAAAUAUCAGUGGGUGCUGCAGCAGCGAGGCCAGAAGCUGUGCACGAGUCCCUCCACGAUUGGAGAAGAGAAGCAGUACAAUCCUUUCCUGCGCAGCCACUCUGCAGAGCUCCACCUGGCUCUGGGUGUCCAGCAAUUCCAGGAUGAAGACUGGACCCAGUUUAGGGCACGGGUACUGGAGGAACUGCGAAAACGCAAAGACCUCUACAACAGGAGAUAGUACUACCAAGAUGUCCACUAAACAGCAGAGGGAGCUCAGCUGCGCCAGGCAGUGGUACAAAAGCAGACGUCUGCAGGUGAAAACUAAUGAUAAGCUGAUCUGUGAGGUACUGUAGAAAAGGUUUGAUCUAUUUUCUAAAUGUUAACGGGCAUUAAGUAGUGUUUGACCUAUAAGCCUGUAACUAAUACGAAUACGAAUACGAAUACCUUUAUUAGUCCCACAAUGGGGAAAUUACAGUUAACUAGGAAAGUAAUCACAACUUCAUUAUUACAUAACACUCACUAAUAGUCCUAUUACCUCUCCACAUGCUGUAAAUUACAGUCAUUUUGUGUUUAUGGGCAGAGCAGUGCUGAUUUAUUGAUCUUUUAGCAUAGGAUAAUAAUAAUAAUAUUGAUUUACAAUAGUAGUGCAUAGUUUUUUUUUUCCUCAUUGAGGUUUUUGAAACACAGGGUGAUAACAGGUCAAUACACCACACUGAAGCAUAAAUAUAUUUACCCUGUAGUAAUUUUUAGAACAAGUAAGAAAAAGUAUUUAAAAGCUUUUUGUGACAAUCUUUGGUACACACGCUGUAUUUGUUACCCUGGUUUCAGAUUUACAGUGCUGCUGAAGAGUAAUUAUCUUCUCCCUGAAGACUGACACUUUGGGAUUUGAAUAUUUGAUUGUGAAUAUUUGAUAUUGUUGUGAUAUUUUCAACAGAAAUUAAUUUAACUCUCAAAGGCCCUUUUCUGUUGGUACCUUGUGUCAAAGUGAGCACAGUGUGUGAAAAAUGUCUGUACAUUUUUUUUUUUUAAUAUGUCAACUUAUUUUAGGUUGACUUAAAAAAGUAACACAAACAUUCAUUUAUUCAGUCUUCGUGGUGGUUAUGUUUGGGCUGCUGUUUUUCUUUUUUUUCUAGAAGUUGUAUUUUAUAGUUUAUGUAAAGAACGUAAGCAAGUGGGCCAAAGACAAAAUGUAUAUUUUCUAGAACAGAUCUCUUUUGUGCCUCUGAGCAAAUUAUUAUUAUUAUUUUUUUUGUAAACUUAUUCUUAUAAUUUUUAAUUUGUAUUUUUCAAGUUUUGUUUCACUCCAUGAAUGUGAACUACAAAAUAUGUGAAGGAUCUGACUGGUACUUAACUGUAAUGAAACAUGAAACAUGUUCAAGAGAUGAUAGUUUUAAGACUGCAUUUAUGAUGAAGUUUAAUGUGACUGUCAAAAAAAAUAUUUUUUUUUUUGGACCAAUUAAAAACUUUGGAAUGCAAAAUGUAUACACAUUUGUAUGCUUGUUUUUAUCUGUAUUUAAUGAUUUUUCAUGCUUUAACUUUGCUUGGCUUCUGAUAACCUGUUACCUUUUGCAUUGCUUCGUGGUCAAAAAAUUAAUCAAAUGUAUUGAGCUUCAACUUUACCAUAUCUCUUAUUGAAACUGCAAUCUCUCUGCUAUUAGCACAUCUGGACAAAGGACCAAUGAGCUCAAUGCCAUGGUGUGUCUGCCCAUUCACAAUUCACAAUAAUCACCACUUCUCACGGUCACAUUUGUUGCUUUAUGGGCACUUUUCCACACAGUAUUCACUUCAAACCAUUUCAAGAAGUCAUUAAGUCAUUAACAUAAUGUGCUUGAUGUUGAUACAUUUUGCAUGUGCAAUAUGAUUAAAACUUCAUGAAAUGCUAUGUGAUGGGAUAGCUUGAAAUAUUGCUUUGCCACACAUGUUGCAUACCGCUUGUAUCCUGUUAGGUUGUGAUGAUCUUGAAUUAUUGGUCAUUAUCAUGGUGGGAAUCG